GUGAACACAUCGUAAUUCAUUCAAUGUCAUUGUACGUUGUUGACACAUUCGAAAAAAGCGCUGUGCUGCGUGUCUGAGGGAGGUGCACAUUCGGAUGGCACGGCCACUCACUGUCAUUCACCCAUCCACACGACAAAUGUCUAUCUCGUCGAGUGUUCGGCACAUCAUGCAGUGUAAAUAAGGUACACAGACACAUCCGUCGAUCCAUCGAUGUCUGUCUAUGGCAUUGUCAGUCGAUUAGAGGUAGACGGAGAGGUGGUUGGGCCACGGCUUCCUCUUCAUGGCCUUGCGCUUGAUCUCCCCGUACUUGUCGUUCCACUCCCACAUGCGCUCCAACUCACGACCACUCUGAUUGAUCACACAAACACACAACACAUCCAUGCAUCCAUGCAUCCAUCCAUCCAAUACAGAGCACAAUCUAUACCACGCAACGAACGCCCCACACCUAUUUGCUUGACGUGAUGUCGUGUGUGUCAGUCACCUGGUUGACGGAUGCCGAGAGUUUCUUCAUGGCUUGUUUGAGGUCGUCGGCGGUGACGGGCCGCAGCUCAGUGGGGCUCGCGAUGGCCUGGUCGCCCAUCACCCCAGAGGCAGGGGCCGAUGGCACGUUGCCCUCCUUUCUGAGGUGGGACUCGAGCUGGCGGGCCUGCUCAUGGCUGAUCUUGGUCACGCCAUCGCGACACACUUCCUUGAUGUCACUACCUGCAAUGGAUGACAGACACGUAGGCCGAGGCCACUCAGACGUGUGAUGCGAUGCAGUGUGGCGGUCUGUUCCUCUCUGUCUGCUGAGAGACUGACGGACCGGUGUAGCCCUCCAUCUGAAGCGCGAGGUCGGUGACGUUGACGUCAGGCGCCAGGCGGUUGUUGCUCAGGGUCACCUGCACACACACCCAGCGAAUCGACACACGCAACGGAGUCCAUCCAUUCCAUCCUGCCCACUCACUCAUUCACCCACUCACCCUGAGUAUCUCCUCCCUGGUCUUGUUGUCGGGCAGGUCCACCAGGAUGCGCCGCGGCAUCCGACGCAGCACGGCCUCAUCCAACGCAAACGGCCGGUUCGUCGAACCUGAACAAAAGCAAAGACCCAUUCGACACACACCAGCUGCUGCCGGUGAGGUGCGAAUGGCGGCGUGUGUUGUGUUGUGUUGUGUUGUGUUGUGUGCGCACCGAUCACAACGACCCGGUCUCUUGUGGUCCUGAGGCCGUCCCACUCCUGCAUGAGGGUGGUCUUGAGGCUGGUCAGCGUGCCGUGGGUCGUGUCGUCGCCGCGAUCGCGGCUGCUCAGCAGAGAAUCAACCUGACAAAACAUUACACCACACACAUCGUGGCUGGCCAUCCAGAUGGCUGCAAAUAUAGGAUAGGCAUGGGUGGGUGCGUGUGUGUGUGUGUGUCCCUCCUGCGCUCAACACCAGCCCCCACAACCUUAAGAAGGGGGCAAGUGUGCGAUCGACAGGGGGUCGGCUCAGGUCCGUGUGGCACGACAACGAGCAAAACUCAAAAGGAAUGCAGUCAACCGCUUCUGAGCUCUCUGUUAGCGUGCUGCCCAUCUGGUGUCUGUCUGUCUGUCUGGGUGGUGAGUGUGUCGCAUUGACCUCGUCCAGGAAGAUGACGCAGGGCGCCAGCUUUCUCGCGAGCGUGAACACAGCCUGGCGCACACACACACACACACACACACACACAGAGAGAGAGAGAGAGGCAGAGAGAGAGAGAGACGUUGAGCCUUCUGUGUUGUGUGCCCCUUCUCACUCUCUCUGUCUGUGUGGACGUACCUUUGCCAUUUUCUCUGAUUCUCCGAGCCACAUGUUCUCGACAGAUGAUGCGUCGACCGACAGGAAAGUGGCCCCUCCCUCCGUCGCCACAGCCUUGGCCAACAUGGUCUUGCCCGUGCCUGGCGGGCCGCUGAUCCAAGACACAAAAGAGGCAUCGUGUUUGGGGGUCGCUCUGUGCAGUGGUGUGUGUGUGUCUGUGUGUGUGUGUGUCUCACAAGAGCAGCACGCCCUUGACGGCUUCCUCAGCGAUGCCCUCCUGGUAGAGGUGGGGGUACUUGAGCUGCAGUUGAAACAACACCCACGCCACAUCGCACCAGUUGAUUCACAUCGGAUAACCAUAACCACAACCAGCCAGCCUCUAGCUAGAGUCAUAUGAAUGUAGGUAGACGCACCGGGUAAGUGAUGCAUUCCCUCAAGAGCUCCUUGACCUCCUCCAGCCCCCCGAUCUGGUCGUACGUCACGUGAAUGUCUUGCGGAGACACCACGUUGGCCACCAAAGACUGCGCAGCACACGGAACGGGCACACGAAGACAGCCAGCAAUGGUCAUCGAUCUGAUCCGCCUCUUCGUGUCUGUGCUUCUCGUGUGCGUGGCGGUCCGUGCGCACUUUUUCGUGCUUGUUGCUGGCGAGGCUGGCAACCUCCUCACGACUGCGCACCACAGGCUCGCCCGGACGAGGAACCACACCCUGAGAGCAACAAGCACCACAUCGAUACGUAUACGAUCGGUGUGUGGUGGGGGGGCAGUUCGAUGUAAUAAAUACCUCUUCCAUCAGGGCCGACUCGAGGCUUCUGGGGCUGACGUCACGCAGCCGCGCCAUCAUCUGGGAAGAGGAGGAGGAUGGAGACGCUGACGUGUCGCCAGGCCCAUGUCUUAUUGGCUGUGGCUGUGUCACCGCGGCCCCCAUCCGCUUGAAGGGCGAACCCCCGCCCUCGCCCUCAGAUGAGAACCCUAUGGCGCUGUCGAAGACGCCUCCGGCCUGCUUGCUGACCUGUGGGGGAUACACACACAUGGGUGAUGAUAAGUGUGGGGUUUGGUGGCCGACUGACCUCUGUCUUGAGGGCUGCUGACAGGAUUGCCUUUGUUUGGUCUGAGUCGAGCAGUGACUUGGAGAGCAGCGGCCGGAGGGACUCUAGGUUGGGGCAGGUGAGACCGUUUAGCUCCAUUGUCGCCUGGUGGGCCGACACACACACACACACACACACACAGAGGAGAGAUCAUAUGCAGACGUACCGGUAGAACAACUGUCUGUGUGUGAAGGUUGGUGACCUGACCUUGAGCAGCAGCUCGUUGCACCGCCAGAUGUGCAUUCCGCGGUCGGCUUCCACCCAUCUGCAUGGAUGACAUGCAGCCACAGGCAGAACGGGUCCGAGUACACUGACUGCCUUUGAGAGCACACACACAUAUGGCCAUGCGCACCUGUUCCACCUCUCCUUCAUGACGGCAUCGCGCGGCGGGCGGAUGUCGACAUUGUCGAGCUUGUCCAGCAAGACCUUGGCCUCUGCGCUGUUGACCAGCUUCUGCUCCUCGUCCUCGACGACUUCCCUGUCCACACACACACACACACAUCCAUCCAUCCAUCCACACACAGAAAUAACCGCCUCUCCCUCUCCCUCUGGCUCUCUCUUCCAGUCCCCCCUGCCCCUUCCGUCUCUCACUUUUCCUCUGUCUGAGUGUCUUCUUCGGUCCUCUGCGGCCAUGGCGGCUGCAUGCCGCCGAAGGGGAAGCCUCCCUGCUGUCGGUGGUGCACGGGCAGCACCUGGAUGGAGAUGUGCUUGAUGGCGGGGUCCUGCCGCAGCUGGUCCCGCAGGAACUUUUCCACCUGCUGAGGGUCCUUGCCGAUGAGGCCGCCGAGGAACUGGCCGAGGAACUCAAUGCAGCCGGGAGGCACGUUCUGGGGGAUGGAUGGCAUGGGGGUGUGGCCCGCUCCCUCCUCGUCGGAUGUGUGCUGCUCGUCGUCGAUCCCUGGAGUGGGGGCUCCCUGCUCCUGCAUCUUGGCUUCCAUGAAGUCGCGCAUCAUCUGUUGGAUCGCCUGGCCGAUCCACACACAACACAUGACGGAAACACGAAUCGGCCACAGACAUCGUCCCUCACACACAUAUAAGCGUACCUGUGGCGGCGGCAGUGAUGGGUCCCACGACCCUCCAAGCGACACCGAGAAUCGAGGCGACGGCGAGUCCUCCCUCUUGCCCUUACCAUCCCUAUCCCUCCUCGACUCCUUCCCCUGCUGCCGCUGCUGCUGCUGCUGUGGUUGUUGCUGCUGGUCACCAAACCGAUGCGGCAUACCGAACAGCCCACCAAGUCCGCCACCCGGAUAAGCGCCCUGCUCAGGGAUAAUCCGGCUGAAGUAGACAUUGACGCGUCGCUGGCCCUGCCCCGGCGCCAGCUGAGCUGACAGAUCGCUGGCGAGCAGCCCGGAAGUGCUCGAGGGAGGGGGGGAAGAGGCCGAUGAUGCCGGUGAGGGGUCAGCCGCCUCUGCGCCAGCUGCGCCGGCGGGUGGGUGGAGGGCGGGGUCGUCAGCCCCGAUGAGGACGAAAAACACCCGGGAAAGCCGGUUGGUGAGCUCGUUGACCAGCAGCUUGCAUGACUCGGCUGACCUCAGUACCGACCGGCCGCGAUCACGCAGCACCACCAGAAACGGGGGGUCUGACAAAUACGCAAUCCCAUCUGUAUGUGUGUGUUUUGGGGAGGGAGAAGGCGCACUUACGGACCUCGGCUUGGUGCUUUCGUCUCUUCUAGUAGAGCGUUGAUGGCCUGGUAAGUGGUGAUGGUCUCGCGGUUGAUCUUGAGGCUGGCCGCGGCCUCGUCGAUGACCGAUCGGAUGGACUUGUCGUCAACCAACACAAUCCGCGAACCUGACACGACACACAUCGACACGCAUGACAGGUACGUCCGAGGCCUGCAUGGCAUGGAUUGCGUGUGCUGGUUUCUGACCGACAGACCUGUGGAGUGCCCGAGGGCUACGGCUAAGACAUCCAGCAUGGAGUGCGUUGCUCCAGAAGAGGACAACCGGACACCGCCACUCAAUCUGCACAGUAUGUGAACGACAGACACCAGCACCAUAAAGAGACCGCUGGCCGCUGCCAUGCCCUUCUCUCUCUCACACACACCCACCCAGGCAGAUGGUAGAGGUCGGCAGUGACUUCGGGCGUGUGGCUGAGCUUCACCCCGCCCCACAGCUGCUGUAACGUGCCCCGCUCGAUGAGUGUCUUCUGGCCCAGCAGGCCAUUCCGGUGAUGGAACUCGAAGAAGAACCGCCGCAGCAGGGAGGACGAGAAACCCACGGUGUUUGAUGACGGUGACGGUGAUGGUGCUAGUGGCGAUGAGCUGGCGUCUUCCUGGAAAGGCGUCAUGUCCGCAUUCACCAAGGAAUCUACUCACAAGCCAGACACCGGGACAAUGCAUGAAGGUCUGUCUGUAGAUCUCACUCCCCUCUCUCUGUGUGUGUAGGCCAGGCCCAGCCCACCUCACCGGAUUCGAACUGCAGCUGGCCGAUGUCGAGUGCGCUGGCGCCCAGAGCAGUCAGCUUGUCACGGGGCAGCGGACUCGACACACGUUUCCUCCACCCUUCCCGCAACUUCUGGAGCACCUUCUGAUGCACCUUGGCGUAGUUACUCGGCCCCUCCUCGCCGUCAGGCUUGUCUGCAUCGUCAUCUCCACCUCCCCCUCCCUCACUUCGACUCUGGCCUGGGCUAACAGCUUCGGUGGGUACUGGCUGUGGCGAUGGGUCCGCAUUGACCACGCCGAAACGCCUGGCGAUGUUCCAUCGCGAUGGCGCCGUGCUGUCAGUGGCGUUGUCAGCGGCCUUGCCUUGGUCGCUGCCGCCUCUCAGUCGGGCCAGAUCAGGCAGCAGGACGGCAGCAUGCUGUGUCGCCCUGGUCCGUCUUCGGAACGAUGGGCGGGGGACGGGCUCGUGUGGGCGGCUGGACAGUGCGGGGAGGCCGGGCGAUGACUCUGAUGAGAUGGAGAUGGAUGCGCCGUUUGCGAGCAGGACGGACGCCGUGGCUGGCAGAGAUAACAGCUUCAUUUGACAGAUGGCUGACGACGAUGAACCAGGCUGUGGAUCUGCUCGACGGAGGGCAAUGAAACGCACAAGGGG